AUGGUUGUUGUAGAAAAGGAAAUAUAUUCCAUGAUGGAAUAUGACGAGGUAUUACUGGAACUGCUAUCGUUCCUUAUGAACGAAUUGAUUUUUGUAAGAUGUGAAUUCUGUUUCAAUCUACUGCACAUUACGUCACCAGGAGAUAAAAACACUCAGAAAUUAGAGAAUUGGUCAGAAGCUAUUUAG